UUAAGAUAUUAGCGCAAUGUGUAAGACAAAGAUAGUAACACCAUUAGUAUGUCCCAUCUCGUUCUAACAUUCCGUUUCGGGCAACACUGCUUGGUGAGCAUUCCAGUUAUCAUAUAGUUCAAUGACUGCAUAUUGCAUAUUAUCAUUUAUCAUUAUGCUCAUAGCUCAUUGCUCACAUUGCAGGCUCACUGACGACUGACCACUGUUAUGUGUUUUUGGUUAGUGACAACUUAUCCGUGGUAGUUUUUUAUGUGUCUUUUCUAAUUUAAAAUUUAAUAUAUUCUGCUGUCAUUUUGACAAAAUAUAGCAGUAUAAUAUACUUUGUCAUCCUUACCAUUGUCGCUUAGGAACCGGAAUUACGAUUCAAAAACGUUAUAAUCCAGGAAUUCUCGACGUCCAAUACUUUUGAGUCGAGGCGUGCGAGUUCAGUAGUUCAAAGUCAGCUCUGCGGACUUACUAGACACUUAGAAACUACUAGCCUAGUAGUGGCGAUGGAACGACAAGUUGAUGUCGUGGAUACAAAGUUACUCGAAGUUGUUAAACAGUCUCUAAAAAAUGGCCCUAAUUGGGAUACCUUUACAUCAACAGUAGAAAAUGAAAUAAAAAAAAUCCUUAGGGAAAAAGGUGUGAUCAAUAUUACGACCGAAAAGAAACCUGUGCCAUCUGAAACAAUUGAGUUGAUUAAUAAGCUCAUAACUGAAUACAUGGAUUGGAUGGGAUACAAAUUGACAAACUCAAUGUUUAAGAAAGAAUUGGGAACUGAGUUAAACACAAAUGGUUAUCGAAAGCAGAUGACUUCAUUAUUAUGCCUUGAAGACAAUGAUGAAACAUUAAAAUUGCCUCUUUUAACAGUGUUGAUAACAAUGUUUAAGAAUAAAGAUGGAGACAAUAAAGAACCUUUAGAGAUUUGAGGCAUAACAUUUCAUUUAAACCAAUUAUUUGUGUUACCUAUGCAUUAUACACCUUCAUAUGUUAUUGUAAUCCUAAGUUAUACAAUACAAUUUAAUGUAAAAAAU